AUGGGUUGCUUGGUAAAUACGGAAAUGAACGAGUCACAAGAUCAAAGUGAGAAGCGAAAACGUCAAAAUCGCACCGCCCAAAGACGUUUUAGAAGCAGAAAAAAAGUAUACGACACAGCUUUCUUAGACUCCUACCAGACGGGGAACAACACCGAAUAUGCCUCUAGCGGGCUAGCUAUGGUUUCAACAACUAGCCGGAAUCUAUUAGGCGCAUCGCCAGCUGUCUCGCCAAUAGACUAUCAAAGCUUUCGUGGUGGAAUAGACUUCAGCUCCUUGUCCUCGGGCGACAGGAGCGACAGUUCUGACGGUCUUGGCAUGUCUAGAGCUUCCAGCUUUGCCACGACUCAGCCCCGAUCCCUUUCCAUGCUGUCACCCCUCAGCGAGGACAUUCCUCCUGCAAAUAGGGAGAAUAGCCAUCAUCCUUCUAGUCGCCAACCCAUUCCGAUUGACUUGAAACCUACAACCUUUCCGAGCCAUGCUGCGUAUUUCUUCCCUUCUAACGAGGGUCUCAUGUCACCUAUUAGUACGCUUCCAAUGACAGAAAGCUCAGACAACGCAUACUCGGGAGGCGAGACUGCAAGGGACCUAUGUAUGGCUUGGUCACCGGCGAACCAUUCUGCUUCUAGAAAUGCCAACCAAAUCAACCGGAACAAUUCCGACCAUAAGCGCAAAGUUAUUUCAAGUUCUAACGCGCACCAAUCUUAUACAUCCCCAAAGCAGAGCCUCUCCGGGACUGAUAAAAACGGAAACAAUCUGAGAUGCUGCGUGGCACACAAGGCUGAGAUGAUGAUCUCAGAUGUGCAGAAAUUGUGCAAGUUUGGAGUACGUUUCGGGCUUCUUGUGGUGGAGGACAAGGAGGUGGAUGACUGUCUAAGGUUACUGAAAACUAAGUUCCAGGAGAUGGCAAACUGCCCCACAAGGGAUGGGUUUGAUUCGAACUCAAGUGAUAGCGAUGCAGAUUAG